UAUGUAUGUAUGUAUGUAUGUAUGUAUGUUCUCACCUCAGCUACUUUUGGGCCGCCCUAGUGUUUUCCAACCUGUGGGUGGAUGGAGAUAUAUCACAGGCCAAUUGAGUCAUUGUUCAAGUGCCCAUGAAUAAGUACCAGCACUGAGGAGGAUCUUAUGUAAUGAGGACAUCCCUAUGUCACUUGCUCCUGGUUGGGAGAGGGUAUGAAAACCUAAAGCUUUGGAUCCCUGCCGUCAUUCAUGACAUCUCUCAUCUCACAGGUAUCCACAACUGCAGAAGUGGAUAUGGCCCUCAUGCAGGGCUCUGUGACAUUUCAAGAUGUGGCCAUUAGCUUCUCGCAUGAAGAAUGGAGCCUUCUUGAUGAGACUCAGAAGCUCUUGUACCUCAGUGUUAUGCUGCAGAACUUUGCACUUAUAAACUCCCAGGGUUGUGGGCAUAGAACAGAAGAUGAAGAGCAGAGGGUUUCUACACGAGCGUCAAAGGUUUUGAGAUCUGAGACAGUUCCAUUCACACAAAAAUCUCACCUCUGUGAAAAGUGUGUCCCAAUUCUGCAAGACAUUUUGUGCAUGCCUGGUUUACCUGGGCAGAAACAUAGUAUAGAAGCAAGUUCAGAAGUUGAUCAGCACCAAAACCCUAAUACUACAGGAAAACCCUUGAAGAAGAAUGCUGACAAGGCUUCAUACCUAUUCUUCUUGUCAGCAAAGUCCUUCCCUAGUUGGGAUGUUGAAAAGGACCUCCCAGACAUACUGAACCUUCUGAAGUCUCAGGUCUGUCCCAAAACUAAGAAGCCUAGGAAAAGCACUGAUGAUAGGAAAGCAACAAGUCAUGAAAGUCACAUGUCAGAAGAAUGUCAAAGGCUUUCCAGUCAAAAGCAAACAUUUGCUCACCACCCAAAAGCCUCCAAUGGGAAGAAGCUUUAUGAGUGCAGCAAAUGCGGAAAGAUCUUUCGUGGCAAAUACUCCCUUGAUCAGCAUCAGAGAGUCCACACUGGAGAAAGGCCUUGGGAGUGUAGAGAUUGUGGGAAAUUCUUUAGCCAGACCUCCCACCUGAAUGAUCAUCGUAGAAUACACACUGGAGAAAGGCCUUAUGAGUGCAAUGAAUGUGGGAAGUUAUUUAGACAGAACUCCAGUCUUGUUGAUCACCAGAAAACUCAUACUGGAGCAAGACCAUACGAGUGUAGCCAGUGUGGGAAAUCCUUUAGUCAAAAAGCUACACUUGUUAAACAUCAGAGAGUUCACACAGGAGAAAGGCCUUACAAGUGUAAUGAGUGUGGGAAUUCCUUUAGUCAAAGUGCCAUUCUUAACCAACACCGGAGAAUUCACACUGGAGUAAAGCCGUAUGAAUGUAGAGAAUGUGGGAAAUCCUUUAGCCAAAAAGCUACCCUUAUUAAACACCAGCGAGUUCAUACUGGAGAAAGGCCUUACAAGUGUAGUGAGUGUGGGAAAUCUUUCAGUCAAAGCUCCAUCCUUAUUCAACAUCGCAGAAUUCAUACAGGAGCAAGACCCUAUGAGUGUAACCAGUGUGGAAAGUCCUUUAGCCAAAAGUCUGGCCUGAUUCAGCAUCAGGUAGUUCACACUGGAGAAAGGCCUUACGAGUGUGACACAUGUGGUAAUUCUUUUAGCCAAUGCUCUAGCCUCAUUCAUCACCAAAAAUGCCAUAACGCUUAAGAAACCUCAUGAAAGAAGCAAAUGGGGAUAAGCCUUCAACAGGAGGCCUAACAUCAUUUAGCUCCUCCAAAUUCGUACUUGAGAAAAGCCUUAGAUUUAUAGGGAAUGCCCUCUUCUUUUCUUUGUGUUUUGUUUUGAAGUACCAUGAUACUAUAGAACCUUUCCAAAGGAUACAACUAUUAUCUGAGCUUGACCUUCCAGCAUCUAGGGGAGUGACACUCCUCAGGAGUUCAGGCAUGCGUAAGCUGAGGAGCUGGUUUGUCCAUACUGAACUGGCCAACAUGCUUCCCAUUUCUGUCAGUACUAGUGUUUAUGGUAGAAGCCAUCAUUCUCUACCACGUGACCAGAGUACUACGAUCACGCCAUCAUGGUAAGGAAAAGCCAACUGUGCAGAUUGCCUGGAAGAACUCUUAAAUGGAGUAUCUAUGGAGAAUUCGUCCCCUAGUUUUAACGGAUUAAAGUGUAGAUAUGACUAAGCUUUCACCAAGAAGAUCAAAUUUAUUGUCUGCUGAAGGUGUCUGUAAUUUACUUACCUGCUUUAAAAAAAGUAGUUUUUAAUCCGUGUCAUGUGACAGGUAGGUGAAUGUUUCCAGCCUUUCAGUUACCAGUUGGUCACUGCCUUCUCCCCAUUGCUCUGGUUUGUACACUGAUAAAUGCCUUAUUCUUUAAGCUACCUUUACUCUUAAGAGUGCAGUUUACUAAGUGGGGAGGCUGGGAAACAGACUGAUCCUUCUAGGGAAGGAUGGACAGCUUUUAUAGAUGGUUUCAACUUGGUUUACCUCUGCAGGGACAGCAAAAUGAUGAAAGCAAAUUUCUAUUGCUUCCCAGGCCAACAUCAGAAGCUACAGGAACUUCAUUAUUACAGUUUAUGAACAACUGAAUAUGUACUCAUAUACAUGAAUAUGUAGUUGGAAACUUUCUGUGGUCAUCUCAAGAGGUCUGCUAUUGUGAUAAGCUCCUGUACUUGUGGGAAUGGAAUGAAUUGGCUCUAUUUUUCUCAGAGGAUGUCCUUAAAAUGCCCAUGAUGGAGAGAGGUAACUCAUAAGGAUGUACAAAAAAUUUGCCCCAAUAGCAUUUAUUCCGUAGGCACCAGCCUAUAAGAUGACCACUUAUGAGGUGAUCAGAGUUAGGUAUAAACCAUCUUUGGCAUACAAAAUAUGGGUAUAGUGUAGUCUUCAGUCAUCCAGAUGGCUUAUGGCUCUUGUAAAAGUGCACCCAGCAAUCUUUGUCUUUUGCUGUAUUCACAGGACUGAAAGAUCUGUGAAUGUACAAUGGCGGAGGUCAUUGUCAAAAACAAUAUGCCUUUGUGGGAUAUUGGAGUCUGACCUGGCUGUUUACCUCCAGCCUUGUUAUAGAGAUAGGAAAAUGAGGAGAUGGAGAGCCUGUAGUCUUAGAAAGUAGCUGUUGUAAUUGCAAUCCAGGUGCUGCAUUUGCAGUCUGGUAUUGACAAAACUUCACUGCCAGUAUUUCCUGUAUUAACAAAGGAUGCCAUGAGGAUAGAGUUCAAUCAAAAUGGGGGUUACUAAGACUUCUGGUUUCCGGAAAGUAGGAAUUCUGAGCUUUGUAUUUUGAGUCACAUUUUAUAAAGUUCAUUGAUAUGUUAGUGUAAUGCAGUCAUCUCUGAUUUACCCUUCAGAAAUUUUUAAAAUUCAUCUUUGUGACUUACCUCAUACCCUGUUAAAAUCUUUCUUGUGUUCCCAGGCUUAUAAGUGUUCAGUAACUUAUAUUUUGUUUACAAGAGUGCAGUUUGUGAAGGAAAACAAAAGUUCUUUUUUUUUUUUGUUAGAUAUAAUGUGUUUUAGGAAGUCAUAAAUAUUUUGACAUUUAUCACUACUGCUUUUUAAAUAACUUUAUACUGCUAUACCAUGUUUGGCUUUUUAACUAUACAGCAAUCUGUUGACCUAUUCAUUCGAGUCUUGGUUGAAUCCUUUCUUGAGCUGUUAUGUUUAAGGCUAAAAUGGAUAUAAGCAUAUUACUCAGUGUGCUCGUAGCAUUUUUUAAUUCUUCUUGAGCCAGGAACUUAGUAUAUGUGAAUGCUUUCAUUUUUAAGAAAGUGUCAAACUGAUGUAGAUUGGUGUAGACCCGUGGUUCUUAACCUUCCUGAUGCUGCAGUUCUUUAAUAUAGUUUCUCAUGUUGUGGUAACCCUCAACUGUAUAAUUAUUUUUGUUGCUACUUCACGAGUAUAAUUUUGCUGCUGAUAUGACUUGUAAAUAUUUGUGUUUUCCUAUGGUCAUAGGUAACAUCUGUGAAAGGGUCAUUUAACUCCCAAAGGGGUCACGACCCACACAUUGAGAACCACUGAUGUGCAAAGUAAAUGAACAUUCUUGCUAGUGCUUAGUGUGGUUAAUGUGCUUGUUUUGAGCCAUCUUAAUAGCUGUGUAAUAACACAUUGUAUAGAUUUAUUGGCUUUUUUGGUGUUUUAUGAUACUGAAUAUUUUUGUGUUUAUUUGCCAGCUGUAUGUCUUUAAAACUUGUUAUUCUGCCUAUUUUCAGAUGACAAAUCCUGUUACUGUCCUUUUCAUUAAUAAAUAGAUGUACACUAACAAUA